AUGGUAAACAGUUUCUUCGAUCCUCUAGGUUUCAUCGCUCCAAUAACCAUAAGUGGGAAGAUCCUUCUUCGAGAAGCUGCGCCUCCGGGAAUAGAUUGGGAAGCUCCAUUGCCAUGUGAACAUCAGAAAUGGAUAGAAUGGAGAAAAUCCCUUAAGAACCUACAGAAAGUAGCAAUUCCUCGUAUGUUCACUACAUUGUCAUACAGCACACCCGCAAAGGCAUCUGUCUAUAUCUUCUGGAAUGCAUCUGAAAAAGCGAUUGACGCUGUUUCAGAUCUCAAAUUAUCAAGCGAAGAUGGCAAUUCAGCUACUGGGUUUCUUUUCGGAAAGGCAAAACUAGCACCAAGCAAAGGACACACCUUUCUCCGAACAGAAUUAUGUGGUGCGGUAUUUGCAGGAGAGUUAGCAGAGAUUAUCUCUGCACAGUUAGAUAUUUCAUUAAGUUCAAACUCAUUUUUGCAGGAGAGAGGACGUGGUAGGGGUAGGGGGCGAGGUAGAGCCCAGAAAGAAAGUAGAGAUGUUGGGAGUAGAGGUAGAGGUCGUGGACGGGGACGAGGAAGUUCUGGUAAAGUGCCGAAACCUGGAAAAACAGACCAGCAGCGCGUCUCAGAUAGGAGAGAAGAAAAGAAAGAGAAAAUGAAGGCAGUUGUUAAUGAAAUGGACACUGAGAAACUGAGAGAACUUGUUCUGGCGUUGAUUGAAAGAGAGCCAGCUCUUGUUUUUGAUUUGUGUGAAGGCAUUGAGGACCCAGUACCUCCACCAGUCCCUCCACAACCCGGAUCACAGCCAUCUUGGUGUAAAUGUGGCAAUUGUAGGGAUAUGCCGACAGAACUAGAACGGAAAUGCUGCAACUGCCUUCCACGCAACUGUAUUUCAACAAGAAAUGAAAUGGAAGACCUAUGUCUGAGACCUCAAGUUCUAGCCCUGGGACAGCGUUACCACAGAGAGAUGCUAGGGCGCUACAAUGAAAGAGUUGAUAAUUAUCAGAAAAUGAUGAGACAUUCUUCAUAUAGAAACUUUGUUCUCUGGAGGCACGGGAGACUGGGUGCAGGCGUGAGAAGGGUUAUCCCAUCAUGUUGCAUCUGGGUUAUUAGGGACAGAUUUCCCAGCCCCACUGGCCAGUAUACAGGCUUCAUACCGAGUAGAUUUGUUUGAAUAGUUAACUAUGAAAUCAUGGUGAAUUAACAAAUAAUCUAGGCCUUCGAGUUCUUUAUCGUCUGAUUUACCACGGUUCAGAGUUCAGAUGCGUAGGAAUUGAACCACGAGGGCGUUAGCCCGAAUGGUUAAAUACUGAAGCAUCUGAACGAUGAACCGUGGUAAAUUAGACGAUAAAUCACAAGAAGGCCUAGAUUGUUUUCAUUCUGACAUGCUCAUUGAUAUAUUUUUAUAAAUAUUAUGCUGGACUUCAUUUACGCGAGGAGUAAUGUAUCGGACGUCAUGCGGCAAUUUGGCGUCAUAAUUGACGUCAUAAUGCUCUCGCGCGUCAACCGUUGUUUAUCGCAGAAUAUACAGAGCUUGAUUUCCUUCUUUGUUUAACUGGAACUCAAACCUAGUCAUGUUAGAAAGUUACAUUACUGAUGGAAAGUUGUCAGUUACAUUUAGUUGUCAAUUACAUUACUGAUGUUGAAGUUAUCAGUUACAUAAGUGAUGUUGAAGUUAUCAAUUACAUUACUGAUGGUGAAGUUGUCAGGUACAUCAAUGACCGUGAAGUUGUCAGUUAAGUUACUGAUAGUGAAGUUUUCAGUUACAUUAGUGAUGUUGAAGUUGUCAGUUACCUUAAUGAUGUUGAAGUUGUCAGCUACAUUACAAUGGUGAAGUUGUCAGUUACAUUACUAUGGUGAAGUUGUGAGUUAUAUUACUAAUGGUGAAGUUGUCAGUUACAUUACGAUGGUGAAGUUGUCAGUUACAUAACGAUGGUGAAGUUGUCAGUUAUAUUACUAAUGGUGAAGUUGUCACUUACAUUACUGAUGUUUAAGUUGUCACUUACAUCACUUGUGAUGGUGUUGUCAGUUACACUACUGAUGACGAAGUUGUCUGUUACUUGUUGAAAACUACAAUAAUCUAUUAGAAUAAGCUAAAAAUUAUAUAACUUUUAACUGUAAUUGAUGUGUGCCUUUCUCAGUCGCAGCUCUAGUUGAAAGUGCAGAAAUUAAUUAACAUUUAACUGUAAUGAAUGUUUCUUUUCAGUUUAUCUAAAUACAGGAAAUUCUUACUAUUAUGAAACAUUUUAACAUACUUCUGAUACAAUGUACUUUCAUUUGGCAGAAAUUCCAACCUUUUUACCUUAGACCCAGUUUUAAGUAUUGUACUAAGAAGUUUUGUAAGUUUAUUAUAUCAGUUAUGUAUCAUAUAAAUUUAUGUGUAUAUCUUGUUUAACACUAUGUUUCACAUGGCAUUGGAAUUUCAGUUGCAAUAUACCUCAUCAAACUG